GUUCUACUUUUUCAUCACUUAUAACCAAUACAAAUGUGAGAUUGUGCAUGUGCAAAGGUUUGCAACUAUGAUUGCAUUCAGGUGAACCUCAUCAGUAAUCACCAUCAUGCUUAUCAACAAUACUAGCAGUUUAGUGAACUCACAUUAGUAGGUUAAUUUGACCCAGGUGUGACACAAAGCUUUGCGUGGCACGUAAUCACAAGUGCAUUGGUCCUUAAAACAUGUCUCUUCAAAACUUUCUGAGACUGGCUUUGGUUGGUUUGACUCUUUCUUUCGUGGGAUGUUUGCCUGAUGUGUCACAGGGAAACAUCACGGAUGAUUCACAGAUUAAAACACCAGCGCUGGAAAAUUUCAAAAGUGUUAAUCCCCCCAUUCAAAAUCCAAAAAGAAACACUCUUCAAAGCAACCCAAAACAAUUUAACAGCAAUUAUCAGCUGCCCUGGAUCAACUCUGCCUCACACAACCAAAGAAAUGUCAAUGCAAAAACUCUUCAAAAAAGCUUCAGCCUCACUGACACAAGAGCUUCUGCAGAUGUAACCUAUUACAAUUCAGUCCCAAAUAAAGACCAGUCCAAAGUCAACAGCAGAAAUAAUACUGUUGAUUUAUCAACUGUCACGUUUAAUGAUGGAAUUGAUGCCAAAAGAAGCUAUGUUUUACAAACAGUCCAACAGGAACGAAAUCCCUUCGACUUUAAAUGGAGCCAAAUGAGCUCUAGUGAGAUUAAUCUGGCCCCAGGGCCAGCGAGGAAAAAUGGUGGAAUGUAUGCAGCAAAUGUGCAUAGAUUUGGCUUAUUUGGAUAUCAGCAUACUUCUAAAUCUAAAUCAGAAAUGCACCCAGACAGUUCACGACCAUUAGGGCUUAAUGAACCCUACUUGAGGGAAAACAUUCCAACUGAUUAUAUGUCUAGAAGCUCAAAGGUGAACCAUGCUGGAAACAUGCAGUUUGAUCAAUUUCUUCAAAACAAUGGCCAAAAUCAAAACGUGCUGAGGAGCGCUGUACUACCAAAUACAACUCCCUCAAUUGUAAGAUCAAAUCAACACAUGAGCAAACCAUUGCCACAAGCUUUUUCUGCUGUGACUGGAGUAAUUUCUCAAAUUUCCAACCAGAAUAUGAGGGAUGUAGCUUUUUCCAAGGUGUUCAAACCUCCAACAAUCCCAACGCCAAUAUCUCCUGCGUUUAGGAGAUCAAAUUCAAAUGGAAGUCAUGGCAUCCUUCCCUUAAAAAAAUCUCUGAUGUUUUCUUCUCAGCAUGAUCAGGCCAAGCUGUCUAAUUCUGAAAGCACUGCCAGUGCAAAAGCAAGUCUGCGAACCACUUUUGAGUACGGAAAUACAAAAUCAGCCACGAGCAGCUACGCUUUCAAAGACGUUCACUUGACAUCUCCGAAAAAUAGGGGACAAAGUAAUCAGAAAGUUGCAUCCAUUCAGACCUUUCACAGUCAAAAGAAGUAUGACGAUAUGGCUACAGGUUUAUCUGCCAACAGGCCUUUGGUGACUAAAAAUGCCCGCUCUUUCUUCCUAUCAAAUGAAAACAGUGGCAUCCAGAUGUCUGCGCUACUCAACCGGUCAAAACAAAACACAGACUUGACCCCACGAAUCCAGUUUGCAAGGAACACCGUGUUAGUUUCAGAACAUGAUAAAAACAUUAAUCUACCAGACCUAACAAAUCAUUUAUUAAAGAAGCCAAGUCAGCAUAGCAUCCAAAAUAGGUUAGAUCCGAACUCCUUCGGCCAAAGUACUGUACAAUUGUCCAUUAAACAUUAUCCUGCACCAAUUCUUGUGCCAAGUAAUACAAUGAAGAGCAUUCACAGUGUUAAUCCAUCUGUGUCUGGCACUCAGAGCACAUCUAAAAAUUCAGAUACAUCUAGUAGCCGAAACCGACCGUAUUAUCUAACUUCUAAAAAGCCAUAUGCUUUUAAAGGUUUCUCAUUCGUCCCUACGUUGCAGACAUCUCUACAAAAAAUAGAAAUGCACUCUCUUCCAAACUCAUCUAAUGUGCAAUAUGCCCCUGCUCGUCCACGUACCGCAUUAAGUGCACUCCCUCAAAAGUCCUUGAUACGCGAGAGAUACGAAAAAACACUUUUCCAGUUUAAGGACAUUGAGACAAGCCAAGAAAAACAACCUUAUCCAGAUCAGACAGAUUCUUCUGAUAACGUACCUCAGCGUGAAACCGUCUCUUCUACUGAAGGUGUAAGUAACCUAAUUUCUGAUGCUCCAAAGUAUCAUGUUGUUAGAGGUCAAGCUGUAGCGAUGAAAACAUCUCUCAGUGGCACAAAUACUACAAGUAAUGGAGCUGCUGAUGUAGUUCAGUCAAAAACAUCACAGAGGUGGAUUUCAAGUAGGCUUACUUCAGCACAGCACACUGAAUCUAACCGAGAUGAACUCCCAACAGUGAGAUCCUCAAAUGGCAGGUUUGUUGGACCCAACUCCAUAAAAUCCGUCAACAGCCAUAAGAAUCCCACAUCAGAGCUUAUUCUUCCAAUUUACAAGUCUUCUCUUAUGAAUAAAGUGACUGGGUAUUCUCAAAUACGCAAUGCUGUUAUCCAUCCACUUCAUAGGUAUAGCUUGAAGGAACAUGAAGGUCUGUUAAAUCCAUCAAAGGGAAUUAAUGACAGAACCACUGCUGGAAUAACGCAAUCAAAUAUAACUGAAAAUUACAGUCCCAUAAAAUUGAGACCGACAAGCAGCGUUGUGAUUGGUAGGCGGGUUGAGGUGACUCAAGAAGGAAAGAGAUCUGAGGAAAAUUCAAACCAGCAGAACAUCUAUGCAAUCCCAACCUCUCAAUCUGCAAUAUAUAGAUCUGCUGAUGUUAACAACUCUGCAAAGCCCACUUUCCAGUCAGCUAUACACAGAUCUGCUAUGAAACCUUUUGGGAAAGCCAACAUCCUGCAAGCUAAUUCAGCUUCAAACUGGAGGAACGAAACAUCUCAAAUCUCAGAAGCAAAUAUCGAUCUCAGUGCUAUUGGUGUGUCCCAGGCAUCAAGACCCACAAGCAGCUUUGUAGUCGUAAAGUACAUUAAUACAUCUGAUAAAGCCUCAACCAAAACAAAUUCAACAAAAACAGGCCUAAACAAUUAUAAACCAGUUCUGUUUUCAGAUAUAGCAGGCAGCGCCGCCUUCACCAACAUGAAACCACUUUAUGCUGACACCACGGCAAAUAAAGAAGUUGAUCUCAGAAGUGAUCAAAACGGCUCCAAUUCAACACCAGUGAUAGAGGAAAGUUUUAAACGGGUGUUUUUGGACAGUUCCUUUAUGACUUCGGGCCUACAAAACGAAACUGAUGAAAGUGCAUUGGAUUUAAGUGUCCUUGAGCUUAUGCCAACAGCUGCUAUAGACUUCACCACCGAAUCACAGAUGUCAUUUAUCGAAGAACAUACUCGACCUCAACCAACUGUCUAUUCCUCUGAAUCACAGCUGGAUCCUUGGGAUCACACCACCCCUACAGCAGAAGAUAUUGAUCCAUUUUAUGAGGAAACACUGAUACCCAACGCCACUUUGCUGGUCAAAAUUACCUCAGGUUGA